AUGGUGUCAUGGGAAGCAUCUCAUUCUAUUGAUACCACAGCCCAGAUGUUUUCAAAUGGGAGCGCUGUCGAGGAAGGAGCCUCGGGCCGGAGGCCUAGCAACUCUACUCUGCUUGUUACUCCUCCCGUCUCCCGGGGAGUCCUUCAGCGUCUUGGAAGACCCUACUCCAUCUCACAGACAAGGGACAUUAUAUUCCGUGUAAGUGCUGCCCCGCUCACCUCGCUGUGUGCAUGUGUGGCAGGGAGGCGCAUGUUCGGCGGCUACCGCAUCGUGCCGCGCGCCUGCAAGCCCACUGCGGAGGCGGGUGGCCGCGAGGGGAAGGACGGCGCCACGGGCGUCUGCAUGUUCAACUACGAGUGCACGCGCAGAGGCGGAGAGGUCGUGGGUGCGUGCAUGGACGGCUUUCUGUUCGGCGCGUGCUGCAAGCUGCCGCCGGGCGUCGACAUAGGCGCCAUGCCGCUGCCGGCCGAGCCGCCGACCCUGCCCCCGCCCCCGCCGCCGCCCGCGCCCGCCGCGGCCGCCACGCGCCCGGCCGACCCCGUGCCACCACUCACGGUGGACCACCCGGAGGCCGACACCGUGCUCAUGCACCACAACGGCUCAGAGGUUUUGGACAACGAACUUUCAGAAGAACUCUUUAAACCAUCUACUCUUCAGCGGCCGACAUAUACGGAGCCAGAAACGGAGAUACUAUAUCCUGUUGCUACGCACACCACUUUGGAGCCGAAACACACAACGUUCUCCCUGGUCACCAACGUUCACGAGUAUACGAACGAGAGAGUGACCAACGGUCGACCAAUGUCCACAGUUGGGACGAGCGGAACAACAUAUCAAACUUCCAGGCCACCCUCCGCAUCUUACAUCACGCGUCCAAUCAGUGGAUCUUCCCCUAGACCUCACACGAGUACUACUCACUUCUUCCAUAGCACACCAAGCAAGCCCUCUGAUUAUUACUCCCACCAGACGUCGCCGCGUCCAUUGAGUUCCGAUUCAUAUUUCACAGUAGCCCGACCGAGUAUUUCUGAUAUUUAUGCAGAUACUCCUUCUGCUACGACGAGGCCGUCUGCAGGUCUGACCCCCACUCAGUCCAGUCAAGGCAAACCGAAUGAUGGAGACGAAAUUGUAACGGAAAAUGUUGAGUCAAUCAAUCACAUCCUGUGGAUACUGAACGACACGGAACCAUUUGCUGAUCCGGAGCCGAUGCCCGGACCAGAACCGAUUCCUGAUCCGGAGCCGGAAGCUGUUGCACAAGGAGGCCUCUCUACUUGGGGUUCCGUAAACGGUUUAGAAACUUCCUCGUUGAGACCGACGUCCUACAGACCUGUGGGAACGCCGACAAAAACUACCCCCUCUGUGUUAGUAACAUCUGCUGGAAGACCGGUCAGUUCUGUCACCGAAAAUUAUCAUAAGCCUUCCCAUUCAUCGUCAUCCAAUGGCGCUGUAUCUGAAACGUUCAGACCUAGCAUAGCGCAGACACUGCAACACCAAACGUCAUCGUUCUACCAUACAUCUCCGAGACCAUCAAAGCCUCCAGCACCUACUGUCAUAGUACUGAGCCCUCUAAGUUCCGAUUUUACGACAACAAGCAGGCCUACGUCCAAACUUCCUACUAGUCCAGCACGCCCAACAACACAAAGACCGCCCAACAGACCAUCAUCGAGACCUACUCGCCCAACUUUACGACCCACGACUCGCCCAACGUACUCCUCUCCUAGGCCAGAUUUCUCUACAACUGAGGAUAAUGAGGAGACCAAUUGGACCAAACAUCCCUUGAUCACUGUGUCCAGACCUUCAACCAAUGGAGUUCGACCACCAAGCUCCGAUUAUCAUCAUCAUUUCACAUCCACUUUGGGAUCCGAUAGUUAUCCUCACACGCGACCAGUAAACGUGGACACUACGAGUUACGCACCAUCGACAACAGUUACCUUCAGACCUUCACUAGGAAGCGGAGUUUCUUUCUCAACCUCUCGACCAGGGGAUAAAUAUACUCCAACAUUCUCCCCAGGCCUUAUAACUACUCUUAUCACAAAACGUCCGCCACUGCCUGUCACUGCUAUUCCGUCAGUGACAACGCCAACUCCAUCACAGACUCCUACAAUUCUGUACACCUCCAGCACAGCUAUACGCCCGUCUCUCGGUUCCAUGCGGCCGUCAUCUCAGACGACGCUCUACGCUCACAGCACAACUCCAGGUGGACCGACUAUUAUUACAAAAUUCCCGACAACGGAAGAACGACCUGCCACUUCCGUUGAUGACUUGGCAAAUUUCCCACCAGUAAGAAAUCCUCAGCUGAACACCAGCUUUUCUCAGCACGAACGACCUCCUUUGUUGACCCUGACGGAAAGGCCUGUGCAGGUGACGGAAGCAGCUUUAGUACCAGAAGAUGAGCUGCUGGAAAAUGAAAUAACUACACCGGAGUUCGUUGAGGAUGACAAAUUGAACACGAAGAUACAAUUAUUCGUCGAUAAAAUUGUGGAAUCUCUCCAAGACAACUUCCAAGAUUUAGAAGACGUAUUGUACAAGAGGAAAAAUGCAACUACGGUGCAACCAAGCUCGGUGAGUUUGUAA